AUCAUCAUCAUGUGCAGUGAGUGAACAAAACUGGUGAAGCCCACGACUUUUUCCACAAUGCUAAGCCCUUCUAUCCCCUCAACAGUACUGAUGAUCCUUACAGACAUGGCGUCUAUAUUUGCCAACAUGCUUGUGCUCCUGUUAUUUGCCUACAAUCCAAAGCUGAAGACUGAAACGUCGGGACUGGCACUAAACCUCUGUGCAUGUGAUCUGGUCUUGGGAUUUACGGUCCUUCCUUUUGGAAUCCAUAACAGUCUGUCCAGGGAGAGACACUACAGCAGACACGGCGUUCCUUGUCAGUUGAUGGGCUUUCUGUACAUAUUGCUGCAGCUUGGUUCUGUUCAAUCAAUGACUUGGGCCACGGUUGAUAAAUUCACUGAAAUUUGUUUUCCGCUCCACUAUGCUCAGCUUUUCACCAAGCGGAAAACUUGCCUGGUACUUUGCUUCUUGUGGGUAUACUGCCUGGGAAAUGCCUGUUUGCCAUUUUUGGGGAUGGGGUCCUAUACAUACAGCCAGAACACAUUCCUCUGUGUCCCAGAUUUUGAACCAUCCUCUAAAAGCUACUGUGUGGUGCUAAUAGCAGUUGGAGUUAUUGUUCCUAUCACAAUUAUGUGUUCUCUCUAUCUUUACAUCAUAUACAUUGCAAGAAAACAAGGCCUACGGGGAACAUUUGAAUGCAAUGACCAGCACUGCUACUACGUGCCUACUAAAAACUACUUUAAAAGCAGCAUGGUGCUGCUCUCCACAGCAAUGUGUCUUCUGGUCUGCUGGAUGCCAUACAUUACUAUUAGCUUUUAUAAAACAUUCACAGAACACAGUGUUCCUCCUCUGGCAGAUGCAAUCUCCAUAUGGCUGGUAUUGUUCACUUCGGCGAUAAACCCUUGGGUCAACACAGUGACACAAAAAAAGUACAGAAAAGCAUUAAAGGACAGCUGGAAGAAGCUGAAACAAACCCUCCAACUACCCUUCUUUGGCUCAAGUGCAAGCAGCUCAACUCAAGGUGAAAGCUUUUGCUUAAGUGAAGAAAAGAAAAGAACAACAACUGACUUGCAAUAGAUAUGGUGUAUUAAUAUGCUGCUCUUGUUACACUUGGCUUAAAUGUACAUGAAAGUAUGAGAGAGCAGACAAUAUGUAAAAAGUGAAGAUAUAAUAAUUUUUGUUAAAGGUGGAAGAUUUUGAAAAUACUUACAAUUAUUACAAUUUCAUGCAUCAAAUCCAGAACACUGUAAUGUGCAUGCUGUAAAUGUAAUGUUUUGUCAUUGUAUAUAUAUAUUUUUAUUGUAUGUAUUUAUGAAACAUAUACACACAGAGUAAUAGUCUUCAAACAAAGCAGAUGCAUUCAAGGACUUUAGUUUGUUAUAAGAAACUUCAUUAUAAAGAGACAAAUGUACCAUAGGAGGAAUAAGGAUACAUAUUAUAAUGAAACCCAUGG